AGUCUAUGUGUAGAUCCCACCGCAGUCGCAGUAGAGCAAGAGGCUCCAUGUGAGGUGUUCUGGGGCAGUAAAGUCGAUGUGAAAAAAGUGCCAACUCAAGUGAUUCAUGCAAAAGGAUUUUCGCGAUUUUUCUUCGAGAAGUUCAGUUUUGUGAUGGGCUCAUUUUGUUACCAGUGCUGAUGAUUUAUUCCUAAUUUUGGUCAGUUAUUAAGUUGUGUUUCGGAUGAGUGAAGUGGAAGGAAAACAGAAAAAUGAAUCAAGACGCGAAACAUGGUGAAUGGGUUUGGGUUGCACCGAAGCAGAACAGCGAGUUUGAAAUACCCUACGCGGGUCGAGUGCUUCGAACCGAUUCCGGCAAAACGCAAAUCAUCGACGAUGAUGGCAAGGAGGUGUGGGUCAAGGACAGUGAGGUUAUCAAGGCGAUGCAUGUUACAUCGCAAGGAACUGUCAACGAUAUGAUAACACUCGGGGACCUGCAGGAGUAUGCCAUUUUACGAAAUCUGAUCGUUCGAUACCAUCAGAAACAAAUUUACACGUACACCGGCAGCAUGCUGGUGGCCAUUAAUCCAUAUGAGAUUCUGCCGAUAUAUACCUACAAGGAGAUUAAUAUGUAUCGCGAUCAAAAAAUUGGUGAUUUGCCGCCGCACAUUUUCGCUAUCGGUGAUAGUGCAUACCAGGAGAUGCGGCAAAAUGCGCGAAAUCAGUGCAUCGUGAUUAGCGGCGAAUCGGGAGCGGGAAAAACGGAGAGUACAAAAUUGAUUCUGCAGUACUUGGCGGCUACCAGUGGAAUGCAUUCGUGGAUUGAACAGCAGAUUAUCGAAUCCAAUCCUAUCAUGGAAGCAUUCGGAAAUGCAAAAACCGUGAGAAACGACAAUUCUUCGCGGUUCGGAAAGUACAUUGAUGUGCACUUCAACAAGGAGGGAGUAAUCGGAAGUGCCAAGAUUGAUCAGUAUUUACUCGAGAAAUCGAGAAUAGUGCACCAGAAUAAGGGAGAGAGAAAUUAUCAUAUAUUCUACUCUAUGUUGGCGGGAAUGAGCAAAGAAGAGAGGAAAUUGCUGGAGCUGGAGGAUGCCUCAAAGUAUCACUACUUGACUGGUGGGCAAACACUGUCUUGCGAUGGACGAAACGAUGCGAGCGAAUUUACGAACGUUCGAGAAGCGAUGAAAAUCCUUGCAUUCUCGGAUCAGGAAAUAUGGUCCAUUCUAAGCUUGCUGGCGGCAAUUUUACACAUGGGAAAUAUUAAGUAUAAGGCAACAGUAGUGCAAAAUAUGGAUGCUGUCGAGGUGAACGAUAGUGCCAAUGUGACCAGAGUCGGAAGCCUUCUGGGAGUUCCUAAAAACGUGUUGAUCCACGCAUUGACCCGGAGAACCAUAUUCGCUCAAGGCGAACGGGUAAUAUCCCAGAUUUCCAAAGAACAAGCUCUGGAAGCCCGAGAUGCUUUUGUGAAGGCGAUCUAUGGGAAAAUAUUCAUACUGAUUGUGGAGAAGAUAAACAGUGCCAUCUACAAACAUUCUUCGAAAAUGCGUAUUUCAAUCGGGGUACUAGACAUUUUCGGAUUCGAGCAGUUCGAUAUCAAUAGCUUCGAGCAGCUGUGUAUUAAUUUUGCCAAUGAAAAUUUGCAGCAGUUUUUUGUUAAACACAUUUUCAAGAUGGAGCAAACAGAGUACACCCGCGAGGGUAUCAAUUGGACCAACAUCGAGUUUAUCGAUAACCAAGACGUUCUGGAUAUGAUUGGAAUGAAAUCGUUACACAUUAUGGCUCUGAUCGACGAGGAAACUCGUUUCCCCAAGGGUUCGGAUUUGACCAUGCUGUCAAAGCUACAUUCAACACACGGGUCGAAGACGGUUUAUCUGAAGCCAAAGUAUGACAAUGUUCCCUCGUUCGGAAUUCAACACUUUGCCGGAAAAGUUUUCUAUACUGUCAACGGGUUUUUGGAGAAGAACCGCGAUACCUUCAGUUCUGAUUUAAAAGAACUAGUGACGAAGAGUAGUAACGACUUUCUGACCAAGUUAUUCGGAACGGACGAUUCACUGGAUACUUCAAAAAGAUCGAUCACACUUUCGUUGCAAUUCAGAAACUCACUGGAAUCGUUGAUGAGAACAUUAUCAUCUUGCCAUCCCUAUUUUAUAAGGUGUAUCAAACCAAACGACGUUAAAAAGCCGAAGAUCAUCGACAGAGCUCUGUGCGUCCGGCAGUUGCGAUAUUCCGGUAUGAUGGAAACUGCCAAAAUUCGGAAAGCAGGGUACGCAAUUCGACACACUUACGUGCAGUUUGUGGAUCGAUACCGAUAUUUGGCUAAAAACAUUGGCCCAGCUCACAAAGUAGACUGCAUCGCUGCUUCACGGCUCAUAUGUGAACGGGUUCUGGCCGGGAUUCCUGACGACUAUCAGUUUGGUAAAACGAAAAUUUUCAUGAAAGAAAGUCACGACCUGUUGCUCGAAUCGGAACGAUCUAGAGUCUACCUGCACUAUAUCGUACUGAUCCAGCGUGCAUUUCGUCGGGUUUUACUCUUCAGGUACAUCCGGAGGUACCGUUGGGCGGCCAUUACUAUUCAGAAACAUUGGCGUGCGCGUGGUUACCGAUCGAACUAUCUGGUUAUGAGGAACGGAUAUCGAAGACUACAGGCGGUUAUUCAAUCUCGUGAGUUAUCGUACAAAUUUACUAGAAUUCGAGGAGCCAUCGUACAUCUGCAGGCCCAAUGUCGAGGCUUUCUGACCAGAAAACACUUGAAAGAUAAGAUCACCUACAAAGCACAAAGAAUGAAUGAACUGCGUGCACUGAAGCGCAAGGAAGAGAUUCAAUUUAAACAGUCCGGAAACAAACGAUGGAGAGAAGAUGCAGACCAUAAUUAUUGGCUACGGGUGGAAGAGCUGAAUCGGGAGCUGGCAUUAGAAGCGGAAGAAGCCCGAAAAGCUGCCAUGGUGAAACCACAGCAGCCAAUCAGUGCCGAUGACGACAACAAACUAGUGGACGAUGUGUUCGGAUUCUUGGAUGUUCCGAUGACUCCAGAGCCGAUGCCAAAGCGAAAAGCCUCAUUUGCCGAGGAAAACCACAUCAGUAGCGGAGUCGCAUCGGAGUACGAGGAAAAUUUUCCCUACCGCGAGGAUUUAUCCGACUAUAACUUUGCCAAGUAUGCGGCCACGUACUUUGCGAACAAUGCGUCUUAUCAGUUCAGUAAGCGCAAGCUUAAAUCCUCGCUGCUAGAUUUAACUAGUCCAGCCGACAUCAUUUCUGCACAGGCUUUAUGGAUUACAAUUUUACGAUUCAUGGGAGAUAUGGCCGAGGCACGAUACGAGGGUGAUAGUGAAGGCACGAAGCAUAAGCCGGUUAUGCAGAAGCUGGCGGUCACGUUGGGUAGAAAUUUUGCCAAAACGAAAGAUUUUCAAAGCUUUCAGCAAAAUCUAUCGGAACAAGAGCGUAAAUUGAUACACAGGACGCUGAAAAGAAAAACUAAAAUUCCCAGUGAGUUGAAGGCAAUAGUUGAGAACACCGAUGAAAUUGCAGAUUACCAAGAAUUCCUGAACAAUCGUAGUACAAAUUUGGACAAACUUCAUUUCAUUAUCGGUCACGGGAUUCUGAACAAACAGUUGCGAGAUGAGAUCUAUUGCCAGAUUUGCAAACAGUUGACCAAUAACCCGAACGCAACUUCACAUGCCAAGGGAUGGAUUCUGCUUUCGCUUUGCGUUGGAUGUUUUCCGCCUUCGGAAAAAUUCCAGAAGUACUUGAGAUCGUUUAUUCGCGAUGGGCCAACAUUAUAUGCUCCAUUCUGUGAGCAUCGUCUUAACAGAACAUUAAAAAACGGAUCUAGGAGGCAGCCUCCAUCCUGGCUUGAGCUGCAAACAACGAAAACGAAAAAGCCAAUUUCGGUACAGGUCACCUUAAUGGACGGAUCCUACAAGACCGUUGAAAUAGACUCUGCAUCAACUGCGCAAGAAAUGUGUGCGCAAAUUUCAGCCAAGAUUGGAUUAAACGAUGUUUUCGGGUUUUCGAUUUUUGUAAUGCUUCAAGAUAAAGUUCUUCCACUGCAGAGCGGUCAAGAGUUUAUUAUGGAUGCCGUAUCAAAUUGUGAGCAGUAUGCUAAGGAACAGGGUGGUAACGAAAGGAAUGUGCAAUGGAAGAUCUUCUUCCGGAAAGAAAUGUUUGCACCUUGGCAUAACCCUUCUAUUGAUGCAAUUGCUACUGACUUGAUUUACGCUCAGGUUACUCGUGGUAUCAAUCUGGGAGAGCUAGUAAGCACCUCCGAUAAGGACAUUGCAAUGUUGGCAGCAUUGCAAUACUACGCCAAUUCCGGGAACGAAUUGAAGAGUAAUAUAUUACAGGAGAACUUGCUGAAUUACAUUCCGAGAAAACUUGCCAAGCCGGAAACGGCAGCACGCUGGAUGCAGUUGAUCGAGUCUGCCUACAAGAGAAGCAGGUGCGUGAAGGAUGGUUUGCAAAGAAUCGCUGCCAAGGAAGACAUUGUUCUGUUUGCAAAAGUUACCUGGAGUAUGAUGUUUUCGCGAUUUUACGAGGCUGUGCAAAUUGAUGGAACGAAACUUCCUGCAAGCAACAUUAUUAUUGCAGUCAACUCGUCCGGGGUUUACUUUGUGGAUAAUCAAGAGCAAGUAUUGGUUGAGUUAUCGUAUCCGGAAAUUAUGCAAAUUGAUUCCGAAGAUGGUGAUGAUAAUGAAGUUGGAACAUUGUUCAUUAGUACAAUACAGAAGGAUGACUUUGUGUUUAAAUCGUUUGAUGCGAGGACGAUUUCAGAUCUAGUCAAUUAUAUACUGAGGGAGUUACGUAAUAAGAGUAUAUACGCUGUUGCAAUUCGAACCUAUACGAGUGAUAAUGAACCGGAAUCAAUGUUGAACUUAUUGAAAGGGGAUUUAGUAACGCUAGGUCAAGGGUUCACCGGAGAAUCUAUCCUGGCAGAUGAAGCUACAUGGGGCUACGGAACUUCAAAUGGUAAAGCGGGGUAUUUUCCUACCGAAGUUAUUCACAUAUUACCAACCAUCAUGGCUCCACCGGCAACUGUUUUAAACUUCUAUAGGAAAGAAGGAAUCUUGAAACCUAGGAAACACGCUACUCCCAACUACAAUACUGUUCAGCGGAAGAAAAUGUACACUUUAGAAAAAUUCGGCGUAGAGAAUUUCAGAGCUUCAAUCAGUGUAACGUCGUCAUCGUCAACUCUUUCAAGUGUGCGAAAAUCAACUUCAGAACAACUUUGGCGACACACUCGUGAACCCAUCAAGGCUCCACUACUACAAAAGCUACAAUACGAUAAGACAAAGGCGGAUGCAGCGGUUGUGAUGUUUACAGUGGUGCUAAAGUACAUGGGCGAUCUACCCAGGGGACGUGACAUGAUCGAUACGGAUAAGAUUUUCGGUCCAGCACUGAGUGAUGACAUACUGAGAGAUGAGCUGUUCUGUCAGAUAAUGCGACAGCUAACCGACAAUCAGAUCCAGGUUAGCGAGGAGCGUGGGUGGGAUUUGCUUUGGCUGGCGACCGGAGUUAUGCUGCCUAGCCAGCAGAUAAUGAAGGAACUGUUCGAAUUUCUCAAAACUAGAAAGCAUCCGAUCGCUGCUGAAUGUUUGCAGAGAAUUCACCAGUCGUUGAAGGUUGGACAGCGAAAACAUCCACCGUACAUUGUGGAGGUGGAAGCCAUUCGCUGUCGGACAGUUGAAAUUUAUCAUAAAGUGUACUUCCCAGAUGAUACGGACGAGGCGUUCCAGAUUGAAUCCUUCACGAAAGCUAAAGAUUUGGUUCAGACCAUUACUAAGCGAUUGGAACUUAAGUCGAGUGAAGGUUUCAGCUUAUUCAUAAAAAUUGGUGACAAAGUGUUUUCAGUUCCAGAGGAAAACUUCAUUUUUGAUUUUAUCUAUGAGCUGAUGCAAUGGAUGCGUGAAAAUCUCCCAUCUAGAACGAACGACUAUCGCAUCCAGUGCGAGUACCAGCUGUUCUUCAUGAAAAAACUGUGGAUCAAUGUAGUUCCUGGAAAGGAUGCCUACGCAGACGAAAUGUUCUAUUUCCACCAGGAAGUGCCUAAGUUAUUGCAGGGUUAUCAUAAAGUAACGAAGGCGGAGUUGGUAGAACUGGCUGCGUACAUAUUCUGGGCUCAGUUUGAAGAACAAGACAUUCAGUUGCUGCAGAAAUCAUUCCCCGAUAUGAUGCUAUCGUUGAUUCCUGAAGAUGCUGUCAGGAUGCAGAAAGUAGACCAAUGGAAAAAGGACAUUGUUUCUAAAGUUCAGUCUUUGCUCGGAAUCAGUCCGUCGAAUGCCAAACUAGAGUUCCUGAAGAUCGUACACAAGUUCCCGAUGUUCGGAUCUGCUUUCUUUGUCGUGAAGCAAGCGACCGAUCAGAAUCUUCCAAAGACAUUGUUAGUGGCAAUCAACAAGAACGGAUUCAAUAUGGUGGAUCCUCGAACGAAGGAUGUGUUGGCAGAAUACAGCUUCAUGGAAUUAAACUUCUGGAGUUCGGGAAAUACAUUUUUUCAUAUAAAGUUUGGAAACAUGAUGGGUUCCUCCAAAUUACUACUGGAAACGAAACAAGGCUACAAGAUGGACGACCUACUGACAUCGUACAUUCGUCUUUUCAAAAUGCAAGGACAACGAAACUGA